AUGGCCCCGACAUCACAAGGCGAGAGCACUACCAUGGGCGCCGUCAUGCCUUCUACCGUUGGGAGCAGCGGACUCAACCUCGCGGCUAUAAACCUCGACCCGUCUCUCCUUGCCCUCGCCUCCGGCACGUCAUCGACCCCAUUGGACCCCGCCCUGUUCACGAUCGAGCAGGUGGUGAAUGAUGUCCGCGAGGGCAGGAUCGGACCCGACGACCUCCGUGAUGAAACGAAGCCCGCUGAUCACACUGAAGAGGGAGUGUCUGAACCUGUCAUUGAGGAAGAGCCCCACCCCCAUACCCACGCACAGCCGGAACCCGAGCCUGAGCCGGAGACGGAGCUGCAGCUAGAUGAUGACGGCAUUGAUCCGGCACUCCGAGAGAUUGUCAACAGUCUUACAAAUGCCCAACAGUCACAUCCAAUUGCACCCGGCGAUGAGCGCGAGACUCUCGACCGAGAGCGCCUUCAGCACACGCUGCAGUCUACCCUCGAGGACUUCGCUCAGGGCAACUUUGGGUCCUACGGUGCCAUCUUCAACACGAACUUCCCCCAGUCGCCUAAUCAUCUCGUGUUACCGCUCGAAGAGCCAGUCCCGGAGCCCACUGUACCCGUGAAACGCGGACGAGGAAGACCAAAAGGAUCGAAGAACAAGCCCAAACCUGGCCAGCCCACAGAACCACCUCCACCUCCCCCUCGCAAGCCGAAGGGUCGCCCCCCGAAGGUGCGCACGGCUGAGGAGUUGGAGGAGUUCGAGCGUCGCAAGGAGGAGAAGGCUCUCGGUAUCAAACGAAAACGCGGCAGGCCCAGGAAGUACCCCGAGCUCGGUCUCGUGCGCGAGAUGCGCCUGAAGAAGAACCGGGAGGCUGUGCAGGAGAAGAUUCGCAUGCUGGAGGAGCGAGCCCGCCUCGAGGAGGCUGCAGCUGAGAACGGCGGUUCCGCGCCCCCCGUCGAGCAGCCCGAGGCUGAGAUGCAGUCGGAGGAGAUGCCGCCCAGUAUGUCGGCGUCCGACGUGGCGCAGGUCGCCGAGGCGGUUGCUCGCCAAGAACAGGGUAACUACGCUUGGUCGUACCCUGACGGCCAGUCUCUGCUGGACGUGGUCGGGGCGAGCUACUCGAGCAUGCAGCGCGGAGACAUCGACGACGUCGUUGGUAGCAUGGACGGAGGGGGCGGGAACGUCUUUGGCCUUCCCGAUGUAGGUGGUGUGUCCAGUGUGGACGGGCAGCAGUAA